ACUUUUCACGGCGUGAAUUAUUCUUGCUACCGCGGGUGGGACUUCUGAAUGAUAAAAAGCAGCGUGAGGUCUUUCUUUAGCGCCCCUGUUAAGUGUGUGACGGUUUCAGUUAAUAGUUGACCAUGGCAGAGGCAGACAGACCUGGGAAGCUUUUCAUCGGUGGCUUGAACACUGAAACGACAGAGAAAGCUCUUGAAAGCUAUUUCAGCAAAUUCGGCCGGUUAUCUGAAGUUAUUUUAAUGAAGGAUCGUGAGACAAAUAAGUCCAGAGGGUUUGCUUUUGUGACUUAUGAGAAUCCUGCUGAUGCCAAAGAUGCUGUGCGGGAACUGAAUGGAAAGGCCCUUGAUGGUAAGCCCAUCAAAGUCGAGCAGGCCACAAAGCCUCAGUUUGAGUCAUCUGGCCGUCGAGGCCCUUCAAUGCAUCCACGCAACCGUGGUUCUCCUCGAGGGCCGCGUGGGUCCAGAGGGGGUCCCGGUGGAAUGCGUGGACCACCAAGCAGAGAGCCUUUCUUUAAAGGGAUGUCAUCAAGAGGACCCCCGCCAAAAAGAGGACCACCAAUGCGCAAUGGAGGGCCACCACCAAAGAGACCAGCACCUUCUGGGCCAAUGGGCAGACCCCCAAUGUCAAGGGAUCGGGAUCUUUAUGGUCCCCCUCCUCCUCGUCGGGAUUCACUUAUGUCAAGAAGAGAUGACUACCCAUCACCACGUGAUGAUCACUAUAGUGUCAAAGACAGCUAUUCUAGCCGGGACUACAUGAGCUCAAGAGACAGCCGGGACUAUGGACCUCCACCACGUGAUUAUUCAUACCGUGACUAUCCAUCCCAGUCCAGUUCCAGAGAUGAUUAUGGUUCAAUGUCACGAAGCUAUGGUGAUCGUGACAGUUAUGGGGGCGGUCGUGAACCUAGAGGCUAUAUGGAGCGAGCAAGUGGAGGCUCCUACAGAGACCCCUAUGAUGGUUACGGUAACUCACGCAGUGCCCCACCCUCAAGGGGCCCCCCUCCAUCCUACGGUGGGAGUGGUGGAGGCAGUCGCUAUGACGACUAUGGCAGCAGUUCCAGGGAUGGCUAUGGCAGUCGUGACAGUUACCCCAGCGGUCGGAGUGAGUCGUACUCUGCUGGCCGUGCCGAGCGCCCGGCCAGGCAAGACCUCGAGAGAGGCUACCCUCCUCGCCAAUACAGCAGCUCAAGCCGAGGCGCACCUCGGGGUCGUGGAGCUAAUCGAGCAGAUAGAGGAAUGAACCGAAGUCGGUACUGAAAUGGACUCUGUGUUGGAAAAGGGUUAGGUCACAUUGUGAGACAACGGAGAGGCUAAACUUUUAACUUCUAGAUGAACUUUAAUCUUCGGUUUCACUCUGUACGCAACCUUGUCAAGUUUUUUCCUGAGUGUUACAGUUUGUUUCUUUCCCCUGCCCAUCACGUUUAAUAGUACUGUUGCCAAUUUAAGUGAUGAGUGUUUUAGUUUUGUGCCCUAGUGAUGUAAAUCCAAGAGUAUUGUCUUUCAUUUAUCAAUAAAAAAAAAUUAUCAAAACAUUCAUGCCCCACUCCUGUUCAAAGAGGACCCAUGUAAAUGGUGAAAACUCAGCUCCCAGCCUCAUUUACAGUGAGGGGGAAACCUUAAAAUUGAUCCAUUUUAGAUUGUGGAGAAUCUUGUUGACUAUGUUCAGUCUGUUGAGAACGAGACCAAUGUCUUUGCCAAACUCUUUAUCAGUAUAGUUUUCCUCAGUGCAAAUGGAUUCCUCAUCACAAAGCCUAAACAUUGACGGCUUGCAACGACCAAUCCAAAGACAACCAAUAUGCAGGAAACAAUCCAACACCAGAUUAAACCUGACAUCAGCUGGUAAGCAAAGCAAACCCUUUUGUCUCUGGUCUAAGUGAACUUGACUCAAUGGUGUGAGUGGUAUCUCAACUUCAGAUUAGUUAACACCCCAUCUUUACCUCUUCUGGCCUUACAGAUGAUAACCUGCAGUCUAACCCUGUACAGUUAUUUCAUGCUUGAUCAACUUUUAAUAAAAAUAGAGGAAAAAAGCCCCCCCUCCUCAAAAAAAAAGUCCGCAACCAAAGGAGUCUGCCUAAUCUUUUGUAAAAAAAAAAUAAAAAAAAUCAGUGGAUCAUUUUGAAUUUAAAAGCCCGUAGUCUCGGGAAUGAAUGACAAGGGCGAAACCUGGAAUUCCCACUCUCCAACACCACAUUCCAAGUGACAUGGCAUUUUAAGGAUAUUAAGAUGAAGCCUCCCACCUGUGGACUAUUUUUCUACAAUGUAGUUUUAAGUCCCCCAAAUUUCAAAUGGUAUCCAGACCAAUGUCAGUGGAACCCUUUUUAUUUUAGAUGUUGCCUUAGUUUUUAACAAAACCAAAGCUGCUCACAAGCAUGCCCAUUCUAACAAAGGAGACACCUGGAAAAGACACUGUUCUAAAAUUCAGCCUGGAAAGUAACUGGAAGCCAGUCAAAUUGGAUCCUGAUGCAUUAAAUUUUUUGCCCUCGUGCCUUUUUAUUAUUUUCUUAUAUAUAUAUAAAAUGUUUGUGGCUACAGCUGUACGUUAAUCCGAUUUGUCUUGUUGCAGGAUGACCGUAACAGCCUGAUCAACAUGACCAGAGCUUGUAGUUCUUCAGUGCUGAUGGACACUUGGUUGGAGCUAUACAUGCAUCAGAUUCAGAUCUAGUGUGAUCCUGGUUAAGUGGGUCCUUCAGAUGGAAUGGAGUCCAAGUCUAGAAGUGAUGCGCACACGUGUGUGUGUGGGGGGGGAUUUCUUCCUCUUAAAUAAACGUUUUAUUUACUUUGAA